GGGCAACAGGCAGAAAGAAGCAGGGAGUGGUAAGUCCUCAGUGCGCGUGCAGGAAGCAGGUAGCUACCUGGAGUUAUUCUAGUCAAAUCCAAGGCUCAAAGUUCCCAAGUUUCCCAAGAAGGCAGUGAUAGAAGCCACAACCCAGGGUUUAUCUCUCAAGCUACCAAAAAUUCUUCAGGAAGAAGCAACUUAAGAAAAAGACUGAACCAAAAUGACAACUGGUCAAUUCGAUUGUCAAUACUGCGCAGCAUCACUUCUUGGGAAGAAGUACAUACUGAAGAAUGACAAUCCAUACUGUGUUUCCUGUUACGAUCGUAUUUUUUCUAACUAUUGUGAGGAAUGCAAAGAACCAAUUGAAUCAGAUUCCAAGGAUCUUUGUUACAAAGGCCGACACUGGCAUGAACGAUGCUUCAGUUGCGCCAAAUGCAAUCACUCUCUGGUGGAAAAGCCUUUUGCUGCCAAGGAUGAGCGACUGCUGUGCUCAGAAUGUUAUUCUAACGAGUGCUCCUCCAAGUGCUUCCACUGCAAGAAGACCAUCAUGCCUGGUUCCCGCAAAAUGGAAUUUAAGGGAAACUACUGGCAUGAAACCUGCUUUGUGUGUGAGCAUUGCCGACAGCCAAUAGGAACUAAACCUUUGAUUUCCAAAGAGAGUGGCAAUUACUGUGUACCAUGUUUUGAGAAGGAGUUUGCUCACUACUGCAGCUUUUGUAAGAAGGUGGUGACUUCAGGUGGGAUAACAUUUCGUGACCAGCCAUGGCAUAAAGAGUGUUUUCUGUGCAGUGGCUGUAGGAAAGAGCUCUGUGAAGAGGAGUUUAUGUCCAGAGAUGAUUAUCCAUUCUGUGUGGACUGCUACAAUCAUCUUUAUGCCAAAAGGUGUGAAGCCUGCACCAAACCCAUUACUGGUCUCAAAGGUGCCAAGUUUAUCUGCUUUCAAGACCGGCAGUGGCACAGCGAAUGCUUCAACUGUGGGAAGUGCUCAGUCUCCUUGGUGGGGGAAGGCUUCCUGACCCAGAACAAGGAAAUCUUUUGCCGCAAGUGUGGUUCUGGAAUGGACACUGACAUCUAGAGGGAGACAGUCUGUCCUCACCUGAAAUCCACCUUGCUUUUGUUCUCACUAAAUCCAGAACUUGCUUGAA